AUGGUAAAGCUCACGUUGUUCUAUCACUAUCUCCCGGCGACUGUGAAAGCGGCAUUGUUACAUUUACUCGGUGUGUCGGAAACAGCCUCAGUCUGGGACCUCAGAACUGCAGUGCUCGUAGCUCUUAUUCGAGCCGCAUUCACCGAUCCCUCCCCUGGAUCUCUCCUGGAUAGCCAACGAGCAUCAUUGCGAGAAUAUAGCAAUGCCCUCCCAAUUCACCGUUCGAAAGUUGAUUUGACACUCCCGGCCGACACAGACCUUAGAGAUGUCGCUGUUGCUGCCAUCAAACGGCUAGGCAAUGGAACGGAGACAUUUUCAAACCCAACGUUGACAUCCAUAAAGGCCGAAUGGAUCGGACAUCGGAAAGAUCUUGCAACUGUGGACCAAAACAGGUCGGAAGUGGAAAGUUUCAUGGCGCUAAAGGGAGAGAUACAGAAUGAUACCACGAUACUAUACCUUCAUGGUGGGCAGUUUUGGCGCAUGGGAAGAGCACGACAGGAUAUCACCCACUACUUAGCCAAGGAAACUGGAGGAUGUUGCUUUGCCGUACGAUAUCGUCUUUCGCCUCAAAAUCCUUUCCCUGCAGCGUUACUAGACGCACUUGCUGGUUAUCUUUGCUUACUAUAUCCACCUGAGGGAAGUCUACACACCGCGGUAGACGCAAGCGACAUUUGUUUUGCCGGCGACAGUGCCGGCGGAAACCUUGUACUCGCCUUGAUACAGCUGAUUCUUGAAAUCAGGAGGUGGGAUAAAUCAGGUGGUAUCAUGUGGCAGGGACGUAAGAGAGACCUACCAUUGCCAGCAGGAAUUACAUCACUUUCGCCAUAUAACGAUAUGACCCGUGCUCCAACCAACAGUGAACAAUCGAAUCUCAAAUACGAUAUCAUUCCCUGUCCUGGUCCACCAUUUUUGGGUUAUGAUCGAGACAGUAUCUGGCCAGCUAGUCCCCCACGCCAUCAUGUCUAUGCUAAUGAUGACACCUUGGUUCAUCCUUUGGUCUCCCCAGUGACAGCCAAAGACUGGCGAGAGGCACCCCCUACUUACAUAUGUGUCGGCGAAGAGUGUCUAGCAGAUCAGGGUCUAUUGUUGGCUCACAAUCUGUCCUCUCAAACAAUCCCUGUCAUUGUGGAGCAGUAUGAAGCCAUGCCCCACAACUUUCCCCUGAUUUUAGACCAUCUAGAGGUAUCGGCGAAGUGCAAGCUGCAAUGGGCAUCCUUCAUUCGAGGCGUUGUCGAUGACCCCACCUCUGUUGAGACUCAGGCAGUGAAAUGGUGUGAUAGCGGGCAAACCAAGACUAAGCUGGAUAUUGAUAACAUGGUUCAUGUUGCUGUGGAGCCCGUGAAGCAAAUUAUGCAGUCUCAGAUCCAGAAUUGGGGAUCACCACCCUCAUGA